GCACUCAUAGGACUGUGAGUAUUAAGUGCGCUCAUACAAGUAAGGUCUCUAGCGUAAGCACAUAUUUAAGUGCCCAAAAGUCACUUAAGUUAGCAGAGCAAGAGGGACGCCCACACCCUCUGGCCGCCAGCCCGCUACGCUUCCCGGAAAGCAGGCAGUCACUAUAGUAACGACCCCCUACUUCCGGAAGAAGUACGGCGUGCGGCGAGGGUCAAUCCCAGCCGUAUACAUCAGCGAGCUGACUGAGAGGCAGUGGAGAGGCUAGUUGGCGGCGCCGUCAAUCCCAGCCCGCCGCCUCACAGACCCGCGUGGGUGCUCUCGCAGGGCCGCUUGCUUCUGCAGCCUCGCAGACGCCCAAAGCCAGCCCUUCAGGCCUGGACGCUGGGGUGCGGCGGUGCAGCCAUGGACUUCUCCAAGUUCCUUGCCGAAGACUUCGACGUGAAGGAGUGGAUCAACGCGGCCUUCAGGGCUGGCCCCAAGGAGGUGGCGGCCGGGAAGGCGGACAGCCACGCGGCCACCCUGGUGAUGAAGCUGCAGCUGUUCAUCCAGGAGGUGAACCACGCCGUUGAGGAAACAAGUCACCAGGCCCUUCAGAACAUGCCCAAAGUGCUCCGUGAUGUAGAAGCCCUUAAACAGGAGGCAUCUUUUCUGAAAGAACAAAUGAUUCUUGUCAAGGAGGACAUUAAAAAAUUUGAACAGGACACAUCUCAGUCGAUGCAGGUAUUGGUAGAAAUCGACCAGGUGAAGUCCCGAAUGCAGCUUGCCGCAGAAUCUCUUCAAGAAGCCGACAAAUGGAGCACACUGAGUGCUGAUAUCGAGGAGACAUUUAAGACUCAAGACAUAGCUGUAAUUUCUGCCAAGCUCACAGGUAUGCAGAAUAGCCUAAUGAUGCUUGUUGAUACACCAGACUACUCAGAAAAAUGUGUGCACUUGGAGGCGUUGAAGAACAGGCUGGAGGCCUUGGCCAGCCCCCAGAUUGUAGCAGCAUUCACAUCUCAGUCUGUAGAUCAGUCCAAAGUGUUUGUGAAGGUUUUUACUGAAAUUGACCGGAUGCCCCAACUUCUUGCAUACUACUACAAGUGUCACAAGGUCCAGCUUUUAGCAGCCUGGCAGGAGCUGUGCCAGACUGACCUACCCCUGGACCGGCAGCUCACUGGACUCUAUGACGCCUUGCUCGGUGCUUUGCACACGCAAAUCCAGUGGGCUAUGCAGGUUUUCAGGAACCCCUACGAGGUGGUGACUGUGCUGCUGAUUCAGACCCUGGGGGCCCUGGUGCCCUCUCUGCCCAUCUGCCUCAGCUCCAGUGUGGAGAGGGCAGGGCCCGAGCUGGAGCUCGUCAAGCUGCUGGACUUCUACGACGCCACCGCCCACUUCGCCAAGGGAUUGGAGAUGGCCCUGCUUCCCCAUGCAGAUGAGCAAACCCUGGUGAAAGUCGUGGAGCUGGUGGAUGCUGUUUAUGGUCCGUACAGACCCUACCAGCUGAAGUACGGUGACAUGGAAGAGAAGAACCUCCUCCUCCAGAUCAGCGCGGUGCCUCUGGAGCGUGGGGAAGUCAUUGACUGUGUGCAGGAGCUGAGCCACUCUGUGAACAAGCUCUUUGGCCUUGCUUCUGCAGCCAUUGACAGAUGCAUCACAUUUACGAACGGCCUGGGGACCUGCGGCCUGCUGACAGCCCUGAAAUCCCUCUUUGCCAAGUAUGUGUCUGAUUUCACCAGUACUCUCUACUCAAUACGAAAGAAGUAUAGGCUGGAUGAUAUUCCUCUCAACUCCCUUUUUCAAGAAGAUUGGGCGGCUUUUCAGAAUUCCAUUAGGAUAAUAGCCACCUGUGGAGAGCUCCUGCGGCAGUGCGGGGACUUGGAGCAGCAGCUAGCCAACAGGAUUUUGUCCACCGCUGGGAAGUAUCUCUCUGAGUCCUACAGCCCUCGGAGCCUGACCGGUUUUCAGGAUAGCAUCUUGACAGACAAGAAGAGCUCUGCCAGGAACCCAUGGCAAGAAUAUAAUUACCUUCAGAAAGACAGCCCUGCCGAAUAUGGCAGUUUAAUGGAAAUACUCUAUACCCUCAAGGAAAAAGGGUCAGGUAACCACAACCUGCUGUCAGCGUCUCGAGCGGCUCUGACUCGGCUUAACCAGCAGGCCCACCAGCUGGCUUUCGAUUCCGUCUUCCUGCGCAUCAAACAGCAGCUGCUCCUCAUUUCCAAGAUGGAUAGCUGGAACACUGCCGGCAUUGGAGAAACCCUGACCGAUGACCUGCCCACCUUCAGUCUCACUCCUCUCGAGUACAUCAGCAAUAUCGGGCAGUAUAUCAUGUCCCUCCCCCUGAACCUUGAGCCAUUUGUGACUCAGGAGGACUCAGCCCUAGAGCUGGCUUUGCACGCUGGAAAGCUGCCGUUUCCUCCUGAGCAAGGGGAUGAACUGCCCGAGCUGGACAACAUGGCCGACAGCUGGCUGGGCUCUAUCGCCAGAGCCACGAUGCAGACCUACUGUGACGCGGUCCUCCAGAUCCCUGAGCUCACCCCGCACUCCACCAAGCAGCUGGCCACCGACAUCGACUACCUGAUCAACGUGAUGGACGCCCUGGGCCUGCAGCCAUCCCGCACCCUCCAGAACAUCCUGAUGCUCCUGAAGGCCAAACCCGAGGAUUACAGACAGUGAAUAUUUGGGUGCUUCGCAUGUGCUGUGCUGUCUGCACUGAGGAUUCGGCAGGAAAGGAUAAUCCCAGCUGGUUUAGCCUGCUUGUGCCAGCCCUCCGGAGGGGCACUGCCGCGAAUGUGGCCUCUGAACCAGCCCCACUGGGCUGCCAGGGCCGUGUCUCUCUGGGCUUGUCAUCCAGGGCUUCCCACACAUUCUGUCCCCACAUCUUGGGAACCAGCUUGGCUGGCCCCGAAAGAGCAUCAGCUGUGAAUCCGCACCAAGAAAAAUACUUUGGUUUCUCAUGUGGUGGAUCACAGAGUGUCUGGCAGGGCUUGAGCCUGGCUCCCGCCUUGGAGUGGGAGCUGGUCACCUGGAAGGUGAAAAGAGCUGCUUUGAAGUGGAAACCUCUUUGCAGUGACCUCUGUGCCAGUGUGGGUGAGUGCCACUAGGACAGGCUUGGUCUUGAUUCCCAGCUUUGCCACCUUUCAGCUGUGUGACCUUGGGAAAGUCAUUAGCCUCUCUGAGCCUCAUUUCCUAAUCCGAAAAACAGGGGUCAUAACGGUACCUAACUCAUAGGGUUAUUUGAAGAGCCACUGAGACACAGUGGGAGCAACAGCAUGUAGCAAGUGCACAAUAGCUGCUAAUUUCAUAGUCCUCUAGCGUCUGUAACCUACCUUCCCUUUGCGGGUAGAGGAGGGAAUUACAGAAUGCUGUUUUUCUGGGCAAUUUUGGCCCUGCUAGACUGAUUUGUCACCCUUAAACGGCUCUAAUGGGAACCCAGAGUAGGAAUAGGACAGCCUGUAUCUCCUCUAGAUCCGGAGGGGAGAGGAAUGCCUGUCUGUCUGACCCAGAGCCUGCUUUUGGAGAUGGGGCCAUUAUCCAUCUUCACCCCGGCCCUCAGUACUCCCCAAGAGAGAGAUGGCAACUGAUGCCCACGUCAGCCUGGUCCCCGUCUCCCAUCUACAAGCAGCUUUGGGGGCCAGAAGCUCCUUCCCGCUCCGCUUCAACACAUCUCUGAGCAAAACUUCUCACAGGAGUCUGUAAGGGGCUGCCCGCUGUAGAUACACCCCAGGAUGGCCAGGCAGCAUCUCCCAUCCUCAGUGGCAGUGGUAGGUUCACAAUGAGCAUGUGGCCCAGGCUGAUCCAAAUGAGCCUCACUGUCGAGGCUUUUGCUGGGACUGUGAAGGAAAAGCUUUCUUCCUGCUGUGGUUGCUGAGCUGAGGGAAUGGAGUCUGGGACUAUGGAGGGAAGAGUAGCCUAUGGAGAGAAACUGUGUGAGAGGGAUAUCGACACAGAAGAAAAUACAGCCUGUAGCUGAAGCCCUGGAUACAGCCAGGCUUGAAAUCCCUGGACUUUAAUUAUAAGAACCAAUGAAUUCCCCUUUUAGCUCAAGUUCAAAUUAACUUGUGACCAAAGGGCUGGCAAAUGGAGUUAGAUAAUAAUCAUUGCUCUGCCUGCGCCAGAGCCUCAGAUGAGAUAAUAAAUAUGAAAGCCCUGGGCUUCUCUGAGGAACUGGUAUUCUUAUGACCAGGAGUCUCGCCUAUGUCACUUACAAGAAUAGCAAUCUAGUCUAGCACCUUACUUUACCUCUCCAAGCGUCAGCUUAUUUACUUGUAAAAUGGCAUGAUCAUAUUUCCCAGUGGUUAUGAGAAUUCAAUGAAAUAAGACUUACUUAUAAACUACUUGGCCUGGUGCCUGGCAUGUCAUAAGUGUUUGAUACAAUACAGUCAUUGUUUAAAAACAACAAGUAAUAGUGAGUGUGGUGACAACAACUACCAUUGCUAUUGAUAAAAGUCCUAGUCAUAGUAGUAAGUGUGGUAAUUACCAAGAAUUGAGACUCCAGCGUACAGACUUGCCUGGCCCUGAGCUCAGAAACCUGGCUUCCCCAAGGCCUGCCCCACUCAGUCCCUAGCAAUGCUGCCUUUGGCUGGAGUGGCAUCAGCCUAUGACACCUCCUUCCUCCACAGUGCCAUCGUGGGCACUUAAUGGGAGGACAGCUUGUUUGCCUUUCAGGCCAAGGACCCAGGUGUUCUAGACCAGCAGGGCUGGGAUGCCCUGGUCCCAGGGUCUGAAGCGAGAGCUCCUUCACCACCGGGGCCAGCAGGUGACAGCAGGGCCCUGCAGUGGUCAGCUGUCUGCAGCUGCCAGACCACAUUCUUCUUUGAUAACAGCUCCCUGAUCUCUUUUUGGGAAGCCAUUAGGGUUGCCAUAUUUAGCAAUUAAAAAUACAGGAAGCUCAGUUAAAUUUGAAUUUCAGAAAAACAGUGAAUGAUUUAUUAAUAUGCCCCCAAUAUUACAUGGAUGUACGUCUACUAAAAAAUUAAUUUGCUGUUUAUCUAAAGUUCCAGUUUAACUUGGUGGCCUAUAUUUUAUCCAGCACCCCUAGGAGCCAUGUCCCCACCACCCUCAGACCAUGUGAUUCUGCUGGGGGCCAACUGGCCUCAGGUAUGGGCAGGAUCUGACCAAUCCCAGCAGCCUGCCAGUUGGGCACACUGAUGAUUGGCUCAGAGACAGGCAUGUGACCCACUCAGUGACCAAUGAGAGUCUGCCUGGGAACUUGCUGUGGCAACUGGGAAAGAGGUGCUCUCUCCUAGCUGAGUUUGGAGUUGCAGAUGGCCCUUUGCUGCUGUAAAGUAAGGACAGCCUGCCUGGGAAGGCAGAGAGAACAGACAUCACUUGAGCUGCUGGAGAUGCUUUUGCUUAAGCCAGUUUUGAGUAUUUCUCCCAUCUUACCUCUCUUUCUCUCUCUCUUGAUUCUCGCAACCCAAAGAAAUAAGUUGGACGACACUGAAAAAGGCAUAAAGCCACUGUUUCAGGGACAACUUGAAAGAAACUUUAAAAAUCACCAGCUUGGACCUUUCUUUGGCCAGGCCUCUGCUCUCAAGUUGUUAUGGACGCCUUUCCACCCCCAGAGAUGCAUCAGGGCACUCUGGCUGCCCAGUCAGACAAAGAACAAAGCUAGACUCUGUGUUUUCUACUUUUAUUUUCCAGAACAAAACAUGUGCCACCUGGCAGGGCCUCUGAUGCCUGCUAUCCACCAAAGCUGCCCUCAGUAAACCCACUCACAAGGUCACAAGCGUGCUGCCUGUUCAUCUUCGGGGCAGAUGGUGACCGGCCCUGGGAGGGAAGUGGCCUGCCUCCAGGGGAGGAUGCUCCAGGUCUUGGAGCCUGGCUGGGGGCAUCCCAGGCCAAGGAUUGGGUCAGGUUGGAGGGUGCGGGCAGGAACACAAUUCCCACAUCCGUACCAGCACCGUUACUCCACGGAGCCCUCAGCCUGGGACUGGCCAGGAGCUGCUGGCUCUCUGUAGCAGGACCUGGACUCUGGCCUUGGCCACCUCCCGUCCCGGGCCCGUGGAGAGGGCAUCAUAAAAUGUGGCCUUGGGCGACGGUCUCCACUGCUCAGGUCUGAAUUCCUGGGCUGCCCGGGAUGGGCAGGGUCUAGAUGGCAUCGCCCUCGUUGUCAGACUCGAUGACGUCCAGUGGCUGCAGACGCAAGGAGUCGUAGU